AUCUUCUCUCUACAUCCACGGAAAUUUUGAUUGUAUUAUCAAGUUGGGCAGGCAAGUGUCAAACAAGAGGUAGUCUUAUCAGGUUAUAAAAAGGAUAACGCCUUCUUCAAGUUAAAGAUCUGGUUACAACUAGAGAAGCAAGGAACAAACAAAGAAAACAAAAAGACGAAAUCUUGUGUUUAGUCAACCUUCGAGAUAAAGCCGGUUACCAAGGAUUGCUGUUCGGCCAGUUCAUUCAAACGAAAGGGAAUGCGAACCAAUCUGGUUUAAUAAAACCUUCUUGCCAUGUUAGCAAACUACAGUUCUAACCAAACCUAUUUCAACACAACUAGUUCAACCACAAGCAAUACAACAUCUUUGAUAGUAACAAUCAUACAACUGUUAGCAUUUACUACGGUGAUAUUGACCGCCUUCGUUGGUAAUAUUUUGGUAUGUAUUGCCGUCUACAAAUUUCGCCAACUGCAGACAACAACAAACAUAGCUCUGGUAAGCCUAGCUGUGACAGAUAUUCUAAUGGUUUAUGUCAUAACUUUGCAUGCUAUCAUGGUCAUCCAGGGAAGGUGGACAUUUGGAAAUGCUUUGUGCAAAGUUACCGGAAGCGUUGGUCUUACCCUCAAUCUAAUGUCAUUACUGCAUUUGGCUUAUAUCAGCCUGGAUAGAUUUAUUGCAAUCAUUAAACCGUUCAGAUAUCAAGUUUGGAUAACUAAACAACGCGUUAUAAAAGCGAUGUUUCUCAUGUGGUUUAUCGCAAUUCUACUUUUAAACGGUCCUUGGGGAGACUUUGAAUACAGAGCCAACGUAUUUGGUUGUUUAAACGGAGUGAAACGAGGAGAAUUUAAGUUAUCAACGUUUAUAAUGCUUAUAGUAUUCGUUAGUCUUCCGUCUGCUUUCAUACUUUUUACACAAAUAUGGGUCUGCAAUGUCGCGCGUGAUCAUGCUAGGAAAAUGAAUAAACAACAGACGAACUUGAGGAUAUCUUACAGUGAACCAUCACCCCCCGUGAUGAGCAGAGAGAAAGAAACGAGGUAUAGUAGAAAGACAACAGCUGAGACAAAAUACAAGAGAGAGAUGAAAUCAGUGAAAACAUUUGGGAUUUUAGUUGGAUGUUUUCUGGUUUGUUAUAUACCUUUCUACACUGUCGCCACGCUUCGAUCAUUUAAUGGCCUGAACAGCGUUCAAUCGUCAAUAUUAACUACCGUAACUUGGAUUGCUUUUGUUAACAGCGCAAUGAACCCAAUCUUAUAUUCUCUACGUCAUCGGCAAUUCAAGACCGCGUUCGAGAAGAUUUUCAGGAAAGGACUGGCACGAAUUGCGCCAAUGCAACUCCCUGAAACAAGUCGAAGAAACUCCGUGCUUGGAAACAGCUCAAGUUUUCAGGAAGGAACGUUGAGAAACGAUAACUCGUUAGUUACGAUUAACUAAUACGUCAAAUCACUGACAAAAAUAACUAAUAUGUCACUAAUUACAUAACAUAAAUUUAUUUAACUCACAUUUUCACGGAAUCACCGCAAAAUAACAGUUCCACUUCUAUCACCUUACCAAGAUCAAUCCAUACCCUAGAAAAGUCCAAAAAUAACAAAAUAAAGAAACAGAGAAACAAACAUUAACCCAUCAAUGUUUCCUCUGACGGAUAUUGCACACAGACUGCCACAAAGCAGCAGACUCUAUCUUUUGAAAACAGCCUUAUGAAAUGAUGGAGGAAACAUGUGAACACCAGUGAUAAGUUUCACAACAGUUUUUAAACCUUGAAGCAGUUUCAACUAUUAUAACUCAAAGAUUUUGCAAGAACAUACUUCUCUUAAAACACUUGUAUCCAAAAACUUGCUCCAAGUUGUUGUACUAUCUCACCAAUCAAAAACCAAAUUACAAUCAAGAUUUCUUAGUAAUUAUAACACAUAAGAACCAAGCAUAAAUGAAAAUCAUAAGCUAAUGAUGUGAUGAUCUCAUGCAGAGGACAUUUUUUAUAAGAU